UCAUGUGAGCCUUUGCUGCCCAGGUCAGCUGUUUAAAGGCCCUGUAGAGGUAGUGCUGAGUCACACAGCUGAAUCUUGGAACUGGAAAGCAAGCAGUUGUCCUAACUGUGGUGUGGCUUCAGUCAGCAGCAUGGAAUGUGGACUGGUUGCUACUCACUUGAAUGUCCAGGUUGGAGAGUGCAUCAAAGUGAAGGGGAAGAUCUUGCCGGAAGCCAAGGGGUUUGCUGUGAACGUGGGGAAGGACCGCAGCAACCUGGUCCUGCACUUCAACCCACGCUUCGACAGCCACGGGGAUGUGAACGUCAUUGUGUGCAACUCCAUGGAGGAUGGGAUGUGGGGGACAGAGGAGAGGGAGACUGACUUUCCCUUCCAGCAGGGUGACAAGACUGAGAUCUGUAUCUCCUUUGACACAGCAGAGCUGAUGGUGAAAGUGGCUGGUGACAAGGAGAUCGUGUUCCCCAAUCGGCUGGGCCUGCAGAACAUUGAGUACCUGUCUGUGGAAGGUGACUUUGCCAUCAAAGCCAUUAAGUUUAGCUAACUGCUUAGUCCUAUUCCUUCCACCUCCCUGCUCAGUGAAAUAAAUCUAAACUUGGCCUUCAA